CAGAUAGACGUCAGGAAGCGGAUCAAUGCGGCCGAUCAUCUAUCAACAUUUGUUUUUAUUUCUGUAGCUAAAACUGCGCUGGUGAGGAGGACAUUUCUUUAGGCGCAAACGGAAGUUUCCUCCCCGGUGAAUGAAUGGCAAUGACGGCGGUGAGAGCGGUGGCAGCGGGGGGGCCGGCGUCUUUGUCCCGAUUCAGGGGAGCUUUGGUCGCGGGCGUUCUGGGGGACUGCAUCGGCGGAGAGUUUGAAGGAGCGGAGGAGGUCCCCAUGGAGAGCGUGCUGCAGCACUUGAGCGGCCUGGACGACGAAACCAAAGGAAACGGCGUCCUUGAAUACAGUGACGACACAGCAAUGACUCGUUGUGUGGUUCAGUCUCUUCUCACUCGAGCGGGGUUUGAUGAACAGGACCUGGCUCGCAGGUUUGCAAAGGAGUAUAGUACCUCCCCAGGUCGUGGGUAUGGUAACGGAGUGAUACAGGUAUUGAAAAAGCUCUCAUCGUUCCAGCUUAGUGACGUAUAUCAGCCAGCCAGAGAUCAGUUUAAUGGUCGGGGAUCCUUUGGCAAUGGAGGGGCCAUGAGGACGGCGCCCUUUGCUCUGACAUUUCCUGACAGGGCGGAUGUUAAAAGGUUUGCCCGUCUUGGUGCCAUGUUGACACACUCCUGCUCCUUGGGCUACAACGGAGCAAUCCUGCAGGCCUUAGCUGUUCAUUUUUCCCUGCAAGGUGCGCUAGACCUGCCUCUGCAGUUCAUAAACGAUCUUAUUGCAGAGAUGGAGGAAGUGGAGGACAACAAAGAGGCACGCAAUGAUGCAAGGAUCUUAAAGGAAGCAGAAAAGCCUUUCUGUGAGCGUCUUCACAGAGUCAGAGACCUGAUGAACAGAAGCAAAGUCAGCAUAGAGGAAGUCAUCUCUGAACUUGGUAAUGGGAUUGCAGCACUCCAUUCUGUCCCCACUGCCAUCUUCUGUGUCCUGCACUGCCUGCAGCCUCUGGAAGGCCUUCCAGAGAGCUACGGUGGCCUGGAGAGGACAAUAGCUUAUAGCUUGGCUCUUGGAGGUGACACAGACACCAUAGCCUGCAUGGCUGGUGCCAUAGCAGGGGCCCAUUAUGGCAUUGAGGCCAUUCCUCAGUCUUGGAUAAGGUGCUGUGAGGGAGCAGAAGAUGCUGAUGUGAAUGCCGAACGGCUUCAUAAGUUAUACCACCAGUUUCCUCAGGGGGGCAGGAGUGAGAAAGUGAAACAGCAAUGGUACAGAGAAGAAAACCAGAGUGGAGCCAAAACCGGAGUGAAGUAAUCCCAAUUUUCAUCGUCAAAAAAGACUCUAAGAAACAUGAAAAGACAAGAGACAUUUUAAUGCUUAUUUUUUUUGAUUCAGCCAAUGUUAAGACCUGCAAUCUCACAGUACAAAUUGUUUGUUUUGAUGCUGUUUAUGUCUUUGUUGAGGUAUUAAGCAUGAAAUCUAAAGUACAACAUUAAAAAAACUCCAGUAAAUUUGUUUUGUGCUAAACAAUCAUCUGUCUUAUGGAAAGUUGCACUAUGAUUUAGACAUGUUUUGUUUUAACCAUUUUGUCUGUUAUUAAAACUAUGAUUUGCACGACAGUAA